UUUCCUGGAUUCCAUACAAUACUUUUCAUGUGAAAGAACUAUUUCUACAAAGUUAGAUUUGCAAGCAGUUGAUUAUAAGGCAGAUGGAGUUGCGGAAUUUCUAAAACGGCCCAAUCAGAUCCCAGUAUUUUUACUUGAAGUUUCGGGAGACCCUUCUAAACCGGACUUUGAUAAAUUCAGCGACGACAGACAAAAAUUAAUGAAGGAAGAUGUUUUCGCUUUAAAUAAGUUCAUGAUGAGAACUAACCUGCCAACUUGGGAAGUAACAAACUCGAAAUUGGCCAAAUGGUCUACAUCGUACGUAACUGGGUUCACACCAAACCGACCUAGAGUUGUGACGUUUGCUGAGUUUUUACCUAAUGUAUCAAAAGAGGAGACGAAUAGACAAGGGAAUACGACAAGAGGAAGGGGAAAAGGUCGAGGUCAAGGUCGAGGAAAGAGAGGUUUGACUAAAAUUUUUCUGGUUGCAGGCUCGAGUCAAAGAUUCGCAAAUAUCAUUUCUGUAAUUCGCCAACAAUUUACUAGUAUCGUUGAUUUAACUAUGUGUUUGAAAAAUUAUACAUUAGAUCAGAUGUGUAGUAUUAUAUCCGUUGAAAUUCUCAAACUUGGGAUGGGAAAACUUGGAAGUGAUAUAAUAAAAAGUUUUUACCAUGGGGCUAAUAUAAAAAGCGAAAACUUAGAGAAAAUAGGUGCUUAG